CAUAAAUCCUCCCCCGUUAUUGAACGUUCCAUCCCUACGCGUACCCGGCGAAGGCGCACCCGAAAACGUACCCAAUCGUCUUCUUCCUCUUCGUUGAUUUGUUGAUGAAGAAGAGGAGCUCCUCCUCCCUCUCCCUCCUCCUCUCCCAUGGCCGAGCGCGGUCCCCUCACCCCCUCGCGCGGUGACCGCACCCUCCUCCUCCUCCUCCCCCUCCCCUUCCCCUUCCCCUUCCCCUUCCUCCGCCGCACCAAGCCCUUCCCCAGCUCCCUCCUCCUCCACCUCACCCUCCUUCACUCCCUCUUAUAACCCUAGGCCCACCAGCGAAGCCGCCCCAACCCUAGAUCCCGACGCCGGGGCGCCAUGGCGCUCGUCUUCGUCCACCACGUCGUCGGAGAUCUCACCGUGGGCAAGCCCGACAUCGUCGAGUUCGCCGAGACGGAGACCCUCGAGGCCGCCGCCAGGGCCAUCGCCGAUUGCGCCGAGGGCGCCAUCACCGUGUGGCGCCCGCGCACUCCGGCGGAGGCGGCGCGGCCGGCGGAGAGGUUCGUGGGGAUGCUGAACUCGCUCGACGUGGUCGCGUUCCUCGCGCGCUCCGGCGCCGGCGCAGAUCACGAGAGGGUGAUGAGGACGACGCCCGUCGCCGACGUGGUCGUGCGCAACCCGGGGCUGCUCAGGGAGGUCGAUCCGGGCACAAGGUUGAUUGAUGCCCUGGAGAUGAUGAAGCAAGGAGUUCGGCGCCUUCUAAUCCGAAAGAGUGUUACGUGGAAAGGCAUGAGCAAGCGCUUCUCCGUCCUUUACAAUGGCAAAUGGCUCAAGAACGCUGCUGAAACCUCAUCCAAAGGGGACUCUUCCGCCACCAGUAAUUCUAGUACUCAACCAUCAUCGUCUUCAUGUCGUCUCCCUGACGAUGAAAAAUUUUGCUGCCUCUCACGUGAAGACAUUGUCCGAUUCCUUAUCUGCUGCCUCGGUGCUCUCGCCCCCAUCCCCUUAUCCUCCAUUUCCUCCCUUGGUGCCAUCAACCUGCUCUACUCCCACAUCUCUGCUUCUGUCCCUGCAAUCGAAGCCGCCCACAAGAUCCCCCAAGAUCCAUGUGCUAUCGCUGUCGUCGAAACAAACCCCGACGGGUCCCACAAGAUAAUAGGUGACAUAUCCGCAUACAAAUUGUGGAAAUGUGAUUACUUAGCCGCUGCAUGGGCCAUGGCGAAUCUAUCGGCAGGGCAGUUUGUUAUUGGUGCCGAUGAGAACAGAUCGCCGGCGCCAAUUACUCUUCCUGAUUUCGGCAUCAGUCCGUCAUUCGAUGAAACCGGUACCAGGGGUUCUCCGAGGUUGAGUAAGUUCAGCAGUAGAAGUAUCGGGUUUGUUGGUACUCAGGCGAAUCACAUGGCUGUCGGGAGGCUGAGGAGCAUGUACCGUGGGAGGAGCGCGCCGCUGACAUGCAAGAGUACAAGCUCGUUAGCAGCCGUCAUGGCACAGAUGCUGUCGCACAGGGCGACUCAUGUCUGGGUGACGGAUCCCGAGUCUGAAGAUGGGAUCUUGGUCGGGGUGGUCGGUUAUGGGGACAUUCUUAAUGCGGUCACGAAGAAUGUCUUUUCGACGGCACCAUAAACUCUUUCGCGUUUUCCUUGAUCUGCGAUUGGUAUGAUUAUAUUAUAUAAUGUUUUUCUACCUAUAAGGAUGCUGUUAUUUGUCGAAAGGUAUUCCAAAGGGUUUUUGUUCGAGAGACUAUCGUAUUUCAUCGAUUGGAAUGGUGUGGUGUUUAUGGUAGUUAAUUGUAUAUUUGUUGUAGAACAUCUAUAAGGAAAUUUGUUGAACCUUUGGCUAGGUUGAUCUUUGCUAGAGUUUCUUUUCUUUUUCGGAGAGUGGCCCCAGCUGUUUCAGCAGCUGAUGGAACUACAAGUGUUUUUUUUUUUUGUUUAAAUACGGAAUCAAGGAGAUGAAACCCUUAAAAAUGGAAUGUGUUAUUUGAUAGAAGUAGAUUGUUA